AUGUGCCCUGCGGAGAACAGGUUGGCGUUCUCAGUUUAUAUGCUCACGGGAGAGGCGGAGCAUUGGUGGAGCAGCACCCGAUCCAUCCUGAAGGAGAGGGAUGAGCCAGUGACGUGGGAAACUUUCAGGGAUAGAUUCCUCUCCGAGUACUUCCCGGACAGCAUCCGAUACGCUAAGGAGGUGGAGUUCCUCCAGUUGACCCAGGGAGGGAAGACUGUUACAGAGUAUGCUGAUAGGUUCAAACACCUCAGUCGUUUCUACACCCUGCCACUCGAUGAGGAGUGGCGAUGCAGGAAGUUUGAGAACGGGCUCCGCGAUUGUCGGGAGAAGAAGCUGUUGUUUCCCGACUCAGAGAAGCCUGAGUUGAUGUCUUCUCAGGGUGUUAUGAGGGAACUACAGGAUGGUGCGCAAUGCUACAUGAUCUUCACACAUAUGGGGGUGGAGAGAGGAGAGACGACGUUUGUGAUACCAGUCGUCCAGGAUUUUGUGGAUGUAUUUCCGGAGGAGUGUGUGGAUUACAGGCAACUGAACAAGAUGACCAUCAAGAACAAGUAUCCGCUCCCGAGGAUUGACGACUUGAUGGAUCAGUUACAUGGGUCAUCAGUGUUCUCGAAGAUAGAUCUGCGAUCAGGUUACCACCAGAUUUUGGUAAAGGCUGAUGAUGUACAGAAGACGGCCUUCAGAUCCAGUUAUGGCCACUACGAGUAUGUGGUUAUGCCUUUUGGCGUGACCAACGCCCCAGCGGUGUUCAUGGACUACAUGAACAGGAUCUUCCGACCCUUCCUAGAUAAAUUUGUCGUGGUCUUCAUAGACGACAUCCUUAUCUACUCCCGGACGCAGGAGGAACAUGCAGAACACCUUAGGUUGGUGCUUGGUGUUUUGACGGAGAAACAGCUGUAUGCCAAGCUGUCCAAGUGCGAGUUCUGGAUGGAU